AUGGAAGCGGAAAGUAUAAAGUUUGGUGGGGAAGUGGUCGAGAGUGAAAUGUGGAGAAUAAUAAAUAUGAUAUGGGGAGGGAAGGGAUGGCCAGAAGAUUGGAAGACGGGGUUAAUUGUACCAAUUAUAAAAAAGGGAGAGGGAAAUAAGGUAGGGGAAUAUAGGGGUGUGACGCUUAUGCCGGCUGGUUAUAAGGUAUAUGCGGAGGUAGUGAGGAAAAGGUUGGAGGAUAAGGUGGAAGCGUUAGGGUGUAUACCGGAUAAUCAGACGGGAUUUAGAAAGGGCAUGGGGACUUUAGACAAUAUUUAUGUUUUAAAUUAUUUAGUGAGUAGGAAUUUGGGAAGAAAGGGGGGGAAAUUAAUGGCAACCUUUGUUGAUAUAAAGGCAGUGUUUCCAUCGGUGAAUAGGGGUCUUUUAUGGGAAGUGUUGAAGGAAAGAGGGGUGGAGCAAGGGUUAGUGGAAAGGAUAAAGGAAUUUUAUGAAGAUACGAGAGAAAGGGUAAAAAUUGGGAAGAAACUGGGAAAAGUAUUUUGGCUGGGAAGAGGGUUAAGGCAAGGCUGCCCUCUGAGUCCAUUACUAUUUAAUGUAUUGAUGUCUGAUUUGGAGGAGAAAAUGUAUAAAAGGGGUAAAGGCGGUGUUAUUUUAGGGAGUAAGAGGAUCUUUUCGUUAGCGUAUGCGGAUGAUGUUGUUUUGAUGGCGGAGGAAGUGAAUGGAAUGAAAUUAUUAUUGAACGAGUUUGAAAAGUAUGUAAGGGAAAAAGAUUUAAGCGUGAAUGUUGAUAAAACAAAAGUAUUAAGAUUUAGAAAGAGAAAAAGAAAGGAGUAUGAGGUAUGGAAGAUGAAUGGAAAGAUAGUGGAAGAGGUGGAUGAAUUUUGUUAUUUGGGAUAUUGGUUUAGUUAUAAUGGAAGAGCGGAUAUGAAUGUAAGAAUGAGAGUAGAAAGAGCAGGAAGGGUAAUGGGUCAAGUGUGGGGAAUUGGGAAAAGAAAAUUUAAGGAUGACUGGAAGAGGAGAAUAUGGUUGUUUGAUGUGUUGGUAUGGUCGGUAAUGAGUUAUGGGGUGGAGAUAUGGGGGUGGAAUGAAAUCGGAAAAAUGGAAAGAAUGCAUGAAAGGUUUCUAAGAUGGACGAUGGGGGUAAGCUGGAAUUGCCCGGGAUAUAUGUUGAGGGAGGAAUUGGGAAGGGAGAAAUUGGUGUGUAGGCAAAGGAAAAGGGUAAUGGGAAUGGAGGAAAAAUUAAAACAAGGAAGAGGGAGUUGUUUGGCGAGAAAAUGCUACAAAGUUAUAAAAGAUGAGGAGGAAGUCAAAAGAAAAGGGGGAUCGAAGUGGGAAAGGGACAGAAGGGUAGCAUUGGAAGAAGGAAUAAAAUGGGGUGGAGGGCAGGAGUUUAUAAAGGGAUGGAAAAGAAAGGAUUCUGAGGAAAGGUGGGAACGAAUAGAGGGGUCGCGUUAUAACAAAUGGUAUAGGAUGGUAAGGGGGGAGGAAAUGCCGAAGUAUUUAGAAAAGAUUAGGAAGGAAGAGAGGUGGAGCAGAGUGUGUAAAUUUAGAAUGGGGGAAGGUGUGAAUGAAUGUAAAUAUUGGAUGGAUGAGGGGGAAAAGAAGUGCAGAAUAUGUGAGUUUGAAAGAGAAGAUUGGGCGCAUGUGUUGGAAAGAUGUGUGGGAGGAGGAAUGGAUGAAAAAAGUGUGGGUGAAAGAGUGAGUUGGAUUUUGAACGAAAGUGGACAAGGUGAAAGAUGGAUGUUUGGAUUGGAAGAAGCAAGAAAGGAAAGAAUGAUUGGGGUAAUGUAA